GGACCCAGCCUGCUGCCCUCUGCCUGCUGCCCGCCCCCUGCAAGUUGACAGCAGCAAAAGGAAAACUCCGCCUCUCCACGAGAAGCAGCAGUGAUUCAUAAAAUGCACCAUCUGCUGUUCGUCCUCAGUGCAGGUCAACAGAGUAAGAACAGCUGCAGUACAAUGGCGGCCUUCCUUCAUCACUGCCCCUUCCUAAAGUCUGCGCCGCAGCCAGCUUUGAGGAGAACUGGAGCCUCCUUGAUGUCUCUGGCCGAUCAAUGCCCCAUCAUCGCUCGCCAGAUCAGUGUGAGCGGCACAGCCUCUCUAGAGGCCAAGGUGAACGUCUCACCCAGCAAACAGAAGAGUCACCGACUUCCCACAUUGGACCAAAGGAGGCUGUUUGCUCAGAGGGCCACGCAGGUGGCUGUGUCUGUAUCGAAGGGCUGCCCCUUUGUCACCUCUCAGUUUGGGAUAGUCCGAGCCAGCCCUGAAGUACAGGAGGACGUCCCAGAAGGUUUGAUGACUUCUCUGUUGAAGGAGUUAAAGGAUUCCAUCCUCCCAACUUCAUCUCAAACUAACACUUUUACCAACCUCCUCAAAGACAACAUGGUUGGCCCCAGCUACGACUAUGACCGCUUCUUCAUUGAGAAGAUUUCUGAGAAAAAGAAUGAUCACACAUACAGAGUCUUCAAGACCGUGAACAGGAGCGCUGAGGUCUUCCCCUUUGCUGAGGAUUACUCCGUCUCUGGGCGGGAAGGCUCCCAGGUGUCUGUCUGGUGCAGCAAUGAUUAUCUGGGAAUGAGUCGGCACCCUCGGGUCCUCAGCGUUAUCAGAGAUGCUCUGGACAGGCACGGUGCAGGAGCUGGUGGGACCAGGAACAUCUCAGGCACCAGUAACUUCCAUGUGUCUCUGGAGAAGGAGCUGGCCCAGCUACACCAGAAAGACGCAGCCCUGGCCUUCUCCUCCUGCUUCGUGGCGAAUGACUCCACCCUCUUCACUUUGGCUAAGAUGCUUCCAGGGUGCGAGAUAUACUCUGAUGCAGGGAACCAUGCAUCGAUGAUUCAGGGCAUCAGCAACAGCCGAGCGAAGCGUUUCAUCUUCCGCCACAAUGACAGCCGACACCUGGAGGAACUGCUGCAACGCUCAGACCCCAAGACACCUAAAAUAGUGGCAUUCGAGACCGUGCACUCAAUGGACGGUGCAAUAUGUCCUCUGGAAGAGCUGUGCGAUGUCGCUCAUCGUCACGGCGCUCUGACGUUUGUUGAUGAAGUUCACGCUGUGGGCCUGUACGGAGCCCAUGGAGCUGGAGUGGGAGAGAGGGACAACAUUAUGCACAAGAUUGACAUUGUUUCUGGGACCUUAGGCAAAGCCUUCGGCUGUGUUGGAGGCUACAUCGCCAGCAGCGCCGCCCUGGUUGACACGGUGCGCUCCUUCGCUGCUGGCUUCAUCUUCACCACUUCCCUGCCCCCGAUGGUCCUGGCUGGAGCUCUGGAGUCUGUCCGGGUGCUGAAGAGCCCCGAGGGGCAGGUGCUCCGCAGAUCUCACCAGAGGAACGUCAAACACAUGAGGCAGCUGUUGAUGGAUAAGGGCCUACCUGUGGUCAACUGUCCCAGCCACAUCAUCCCCAUACGGGUAGGCAACGCUGAGCUGAACACCAAGGUGUGUGACAUCCUGCUGGAGAAACACAACAUCUAUGUUCAGGCCAUCAACUACCCCACAGUGCCUCGUGGUGAGGAGCUGCUGAGGCUGGCUCCGUCUCCUCAUCACAACCCCGCCAUGAUGGAGUACUUUGUGGAGAAACUCGUGGAGGUGUGGCAGGAGGCGGGGCUCCUGCUCAACUGCCCGGCCACAGCUUCCUGCAACUUCUGUGAUCGCCCGCUGCAUUUCGACCUCAUGAGUGAGUGGGAGAAAUCCUACUUCGGCAACAUGGAACCGCAAUACAUUACUGUGUUGGCAUAAUACCAAAGUACAUGUAACUUCUCAACACAAGUUACACAUAAAUAUUGUAUUCAACUUCCUUUUAAAGUCCUUCAGGUGCACUGAGAAGGGUACUAAAGUACUGAUUUUGUUCUUGUGUUUAAGCACGCUUUAAUGUAAGUGGAAUAGGCUGAAUUCCAGUGUUUACUUCUAUUUCUGUAUUUAUGUGUUCUAAAUUGUGUUUUCUGUCAUGGAUAUGAUUAAAGAAAAGCAUGCCUUCUCCAUUUCAAAAGCAUAAAAACCUGCACACGAGGCACUUUCUUAUAUAUCUUAUCUAGGUGUGAUUGUUUGAAUUAAACUAUAUUUAAUUUUACGUUACGUGAUUUGCUUCAUACCAUAUAGUGACCAUCACAAUCCAGCUUUGUUCACAUUCAUGCAAUAAUUCAUGAUUAAUGAUGUUUCAGUUAUAAAAUGUAUGAAGUGCCAAAGUUAAAUUUGUUAAUAAAAUAUAGGAUUGAAAAUA